AUGCGUGUCUCCGCUUUGAUCGCACUCCUCCCGGCCUUGGUCGCGGCUCAGGAGUCGCAAUACGCCUUCAUGGACCAGGCCAAGGGCUGGUUCGACCAAGUCAAGUCCUUCAUCCCCCAGGUUCCUAGUGCCGCAGAACCCGUCAAGCAGGCCGCUCACCACACCACCUCGAAGGUCUCCGGCAAGGCUGUUACCUACUUGGACAUCAACAACUACAAGGAUGUUUUGGAGCCAUCAACCCAGCCCGAGGAAUGGCUUGUUUUCUUCACUGGUGGAAACAAGACGUGCUUUGGCCGAUGCCUCCGCGCCGAGAACGCUUUCAAUGACUCCGUCGCACUCUUCGCCGCAGACCCAACCUCACCCAACCUCGGAUACGUAAACUGCGAACAAGAGACCAUCCUCUGCUCCAUCUGGGCCGCUGCAGCGCCCUCCAUCUGGCACCUUGACCUUCCCGAGGUCCGUCCUGGCGAGAAACGUCCCGCAGUCCCUCUCCACGUUCAGCACUUGAACGUCACCACCGUCACCCCCGAGACCAUCUACAACGUCCAUGCCGAAAAGACCUGGAAGAAGCAGAAUCGCUACGAAGGCUGGCUUCACCCCUACGACAGUUUCUUAGCCGAGACUGGCUUGAAUGUUCCCCUCGGCCACGUUAUGUACUACUUCUCCGUGAUCCCCAGUUGGUUGACCAUGAUCGGUAUCAGCUUCCUCAGCAGGAACGUAAUGGGUCGCCGUGCGGCAAAUCCAGGUGCAGUCGCCGGCCGUCGUUAG